GCUGUGAACUGUGGAGUAGAGGCUUUCUUCCACCUUUUUACUAACACAGUUACACACAUUCACUCUGAUACUCUCUUUCUCUGCAACUUUUUUGUGUUUCUUCUCUAAUGGCUCUCUGUGCACUCUCAUUCCCUCUCCAUUUGAGAAAAGUAACACCUUCUGAUGCUACAAGAUCAACUCCUCUUCGUUCUCACUCUCAUUGGGGUGCAGAUCUGCUAUGCUUAUCCCAACGCAGGCUCAGCCAGGUGAGGAAAAGGCCAAAUGGGAUUUGUGCAUCGCUAUCAGAGACGGCGGGAGAGUAUCAUUCUCAGAAACCACCAACUCCACUACUGGACACAAUUAACUAUCCAAUUCACAUGAAGAAUCUCACUACCAAGGAACUGAAACAACUAGCGGAUGAGCUGCGUUCUGAUGUGAUUUUCCAUGUUUCUAAAACUGGGGGUCAUUUAGGAUCAAGCCUUGGUGUCGUGGAACUCACUGUUGCCCUCCACUAUGUUUUUAAUGCUCCUAAAGAUAGAAUCUUGUGGGAUGUUGGUCAUCAGUCUUAUCCGCAUAAAAUUCUCACUGGUAGAAGGGAUAAGAUGCCUACCAUAAGACAGACAAAUGGAUUAUCUGGGUUUACAAAACGCUCUGAGAGUGAAUUUGAUUGUUUUGGAACUGGUCACAGCUCUACAACAAUGUCAGCAGGACUCGGAAUGGCUGUUGGGAGGGAUCUGAAGGGAGAAAGGAAUAACGUAGUUGCUGUCAUUGGUGAUGGUGCCAUGACCGCUGGUCAAGCUUAUGAAGCCAUGAACAACGCUGGAUAUCUUGAUUCUGACAUGAUUGUUAUUCUUAAUGACAACAAACAGGUUUCUCUACCAACUGCAACUCUUGAUGGUCCCAUACCACCUGUAGGUGCUUUAAGUAGUGCUCUCAGUAGGUUACAAUCAAACAGACCUCUUAGAGAACUGAGAGAGGUUGCCAAGGGAGUCACUAAACAAAUUGGUGGCCCAAUGCAUGAGUUGGCUGCAAAGGUUGAUGAAUAUGCUCGUGGCAUGAUCAGCGGUUCUGGAUCAACACUUUUUGAAGAGCUUGGACUUUACUAUAUUGGUCCUGUUGACGGUCAUAACAUCUAUGAUCUUGUUGCCAUUCUCAAAGAAGUUAAAAGCACUAAGACAACUGGUCCUGUACUGAUUCAUGUUGUCACAGAAAAAGGCCGCGGAUACCCAUAUGCAGAAAGAGCAGCAGACAAGUACCAUGGAGUUGCCAAGUUUGAUCCAGCAACUGGAAAACAAUUCAAGGCCACAGCUGCUACCAAGUCAUACUCAAGUUACUUCGCGGAUGCAUUGAUUGCAGAAGCUGAAGCUGACAAAGGCAUUGUUGGAAUUCAUGCUGCAAUGGGAGGUGGAACUGGUAUGAAUGCCUUCCUUCGUCGUUUCCCAACUAGAUGCUUUGAUGUGGGGAUAGCAGAACAACAUGCAGUUACAUUUGCUGCGGGUCUGGCUUGUGAGGGCCUUAAGCCUUUUUGUGCUAUUUACUCAUCAUUCAUGCAGAGAGCUUAUGACCAGGUGGUGCAUGACGUGGAUUUGCAGAAAUUGCCUGUAAGAUUUGCGAUGGACAGAGCAGGAUUAGUUGGAGCAGAUGGUCCCACACACUCUGGUUCAUUUGAUGUUAAUUUUAUGGCAUGCCUCCCUAACAUGGUGGUGAUGGCUCCUUCUGAUGAAGCCGAGCUUUUUCACAUGGUUGCCACUGCUGCUGCCAUUGAUGAUAGACCAAGUUGUUUACGAUUUCCAAGGGGAAAUGGUGUUGGUGUGGAACUACCACCAGGGAAUAAAGGCACUCCUCUUGAGAUUGGGAAAGGUAGGAUAUUGAUUGAAGGGGAAAGAGUGGCCCUGUUGGGAUAUGGAGCAGCUGUUCAGAACUGUGCGGCUGCUGCUUCCUUGUUGGAACAUCAUGGCUUGCAUGCAACUGUGGCCGAUGCACGAUUCUGCAAGCCAUUGGACCGUUCCCUUAUUCGCAGCCUUGCAAAUUCACAUGAGGUUUUGAUCACUGUAGAAGAAGGAUCAAUAGGAGGAUUUGGUUCACAUGUUGCUCAGUUCAUGGCCCUUGAUGGCCUUCUUGAUGGAAAACUGAAGUGGAGGCCAAUGGUUCUUCCUGAUUGUUACAUUGACCAUGGAUCACCUGCUGACCAAUUGUUUCAAGCUGGUCUUACACCAUCUCACAUAGCAGCAACAGUUUUCAAUUUACUUGGACAAACCAGAGAAGCACUGGAGGUCAUGUCAUAAAAGAGAUGCUAUGGGGUUCAGUUUUUCAUUCCCCCGCUAUGUACAAAGCAUCAUGAUUCACCCAGUAUAAUACAAAGAUGUUUGUAUAUAAAUAAUAUAAGUGCAAGUUGCAGUUGUCAAAUAAAUGAUGGUGCCAAUUAAUUUGCUAGAAUCU